AUGAUGAGGCUCAGGUCCACCGCCAAUUUGACUGAUCAAGAUUGGAAUGCCGUCAUGAACGUGAACGCUCGCGGAGUAUUCUAUGCUUUGCGUGGUCAGCUCUCUAAUAUCAAAGAUGGAGGCUCAAUUGUCAAUGUUGCCAGUGUUGCGGCUAUGCUCGGUCUGAGCGGAUGUCCGGCAUACGUUGCAAGUAAGCAUGCCGUUGCUGGAUUGACCAAAAAUACGGCCAAUGACUACGGGUGCCGUAAUAUCAGAGUAACUGCAGUGGCGCCUGGGAUGACUGAAAUUGCUAUGCUGUCGAGUGUCGAGGAGUCUUUCGAGGGGGACAUGGCAUUCGCCGCACAGGCUCUGAAGCGGAAAGGCAAGCCCGAGGAAAUUGCACAUGUUAUAGUUUCCUUGCUGAGUGACGAGACGAGCUUCGUGAUUGGUGCACUGUGGCCGGUGGACAGUGGCUGGACAGCUUGA